CAAAGGAGGGGUUGAGAAAAAGCAAUUUCAGGGGCACGAGAACCCCAAAGGGAAGCCCUCGACCGCCAAUAAGACCUGAUCGCUUAACCCCGCGUUCAUUUUCCUAGGGUUUUGGCAGAGGGAGAGAGAUGAGUUCUUCCUUCGUAGGGAUUCAACGUGCAGGAGCGACGAUGCUCGCCUCGAUCUUGAGGACGAGGACUCCAAAUUCUUCGUCUAUCUUUCUCCUUCGUUCCCUGAGUCUCAAUCAUCUGAAUAGCGUCUCCAAGAAAUUCCCUUCGUUUCACAAUCGGAGUCUCUCUGUAAGAUGUCUGAGCACAUCGGCCGUUCCAAACAGCUAUCAGAGGCCACCCAGCAACCAAUACGGACCACCAAGAGGUGGUGGUUACCGGCCACAGCCUAUUCAGAGGGGAAGCCCAGUCACGAAUGUCAAUCAGGUUGCUCCCGCUCGGCAACCUCCUGUCGAGGAGCCUCUUAUUCAGGGAAACGUCGACACACUAUUGGGGUUUUGUAGAGAGGGGAAGAUGAAGGAGGCUGCACAGUUACUGAGCAGUUUGGAGAGGCAAGGAGUUCGCAUUGAGCCCAGCGUUUUCUUGGCGUUGAUCGAGGGCUGUGCGGGUGCGAAGUCAGUAGAGGAAGCCAAAAGGGUCCACGAUCAUUUUCUAAGAACCCCAUUUAGGCACGACGUUUAUAUCAACAACAGGUUGAUCGAUAUGUAUAGUAAAUGCGGCAGCAUGGCCGAUGCUCGCCAAAUGUUUGACAGAAUGCCCGAGAGGAAUUUGGAGUCCUGGAACCUUUUGAUCAAGGGGUUCGCAGCUAAUGGGCAGGGAGAAGACGCGCUUCAGAUGUUUAAGCAGUUGAGGCAGGCCGGUGGGCGGCCUGACGGCCAGACAUACGUUGCGGUCUUGGCUGCCUGCGCGAGUCUGGAGUCUGUGGAGGAAGGGUUCAUACAUUUCGAAUCUAUGACCAAGGACUAUGGGAUCGUUCCCGGCGAUGAGCAUUACGUGGGCUUGGUGGGCGUUCUUGGUUCGUCUGGACACUUAAACGAAGCGGAGGAGUUCAUUGCGAGGAUGCCAGUUGAACCGAGUAGCAACGUGUGGGAGGCUUUGAUGCACUUUGCAAGAAUGCAAGGUGAUACUGAGAGGGAGGACCGUAUUGAAGAGUUUUUGCUUGUGAUAGAUCCUUCAAAAGUGAAGCCGAAGCCGACCAUCAUCCCGGCGAUAACCCCAAAGCCCGACGUGAAGCCAUUAAUGACGCGAAGGCGAACUGGUCUUAACAUGAUUGAGGGCAAUUACAAAUUGAACGAAUUUCGAGCUCCCUUAAUUCAAAAGCCCGAGGCUUCACAGAUGAAGGAAGCUGGUUACGUGCCGGACACCAGAUACGUCCUCCAUGAUAUUGAUCAGGAAGCCAAGGAGCAGGCUUUGCUUUACCAUAGCGAGAGGCUGGCCAUCGCUUAUGGACUUAUCAGUACUCCGGCUAACACUCCCUUGAGGAUUAUCAAGAACCUCCGCAUCUGCGGUGAUUGCCACAAUGCUAUCAAAAUCAUGUCUAAAAUCGUUGGAAGGGAGCUCAUUGUGAGAGACAAUAAGCGGUUUCAUCAUUUCAAGGAUGGCAAGUGUUCUUGUGGUGAUUACUGGUAGAAGAAUUCUUCAGUCUUUUAUCGCUUGGAAAUUACUGGAUGGUCUCUGUGGAGUCUACUACUGCCAAUGUUGACACGUCAAUGGCUGCAAGUUGGAUCUUCAUAUAAUCGGAGUUUUCUAACAGAUCUAAGUUGUAAACUCAUAUUUUGGUGGCAGUGAAUUUGAUGUAUGACUGUACGAGUGAAUGGUUAAUCGCUCAUGGGUGUGAUUUGAAGCGCUACUAAAACUGUCUGGUGUCCAUGUAUUUAAAGGCUGUGCUGGAACGAAAAUUCUCUUGUCAAUGGUUUAAACUCUGUUCUGUUUUAUUAUAAAAAGCACGAAAACGAGGUUCUUUC